CCUCGUAUCUCUCCUUCCCAGAUCCCCUGUUCAACAACACUCUCUGUUUCUUUUUCUUUCUUUCUUUCUUUCUUUCUCUGUGUGUGUGUGUGUUCCUAACUCCACUCCUCACCACCAAACCAAGCACCCUAAACAUAGUGCAGUCUCCUAAAGACAAGGAGAAGAGGAGGAGGAAACCAUGGAAGCUCCUCUCUUAGAACCCAAGCCAACCACCAUGGUAUCCUUCAAUAGUUUGCAAACUUGGGAGGAAAGAACUAGUGAUAAUGUUGAGGAUUUCCCUCCAGUUCAUGGUUUUAAAGAUGCACGCUUCUUGUUUGUUCAAGAGUCUAAGAAACUCUGGUCCAUUGCUACUCCCAUAGCCUUCAAUAUCCUCUGUUUCUAUGGCAUCAAUUCUACCACCCAAAUCUUUGUUGGCCAUUUGGGCAACCUUCAGCUCUCUGCUGCUGCCAUUGGCCUCUCUGUCAUCUCCAACUUCUCUUUUGGAUUCCUGCUUGGAAUGGGGAGUGCAUUGGAGACACUGUGUGGGCAAGCAUUUGGGGCAGGGCAAGUGGAGAUGCUGGGUGUUUACAUGCAGAGAUCAUGGAUAAUACUUCUUGCAUCUGCGGUGAUUCUCUGUCCUAUUUAUCUGUUUGCAACUCCUAUUCUGAAGCUUUUAGGCCAAGAAGAACAGAUAGCAGAUGCUGCUGGGAAAUUCACAAUUGAAAUCAUUCCACAGAUGUUUUCAUUAGCCAUUAAUUUUCCAACCCAGAAGUUUUUGCAGGCUCAGAGCAAGGUUUCAGUGCUGGCAUAUCUUGCCUUCGCUGCUCUUGUGAUGCAUAUUGGAUUGCUGGCUUUGUUCAUCUAUGUGUUCCAUUGGGGACUGGCAGGGGCUGCUUUUGCUUAUGAUAUAUCUUCAUGGGUGUUGGCCCUUGGUCAAGUUGUGUAUAUUUUUGGAUGGUGCAAGGAUGGAUGGAAGGGCUUUUCAUGGUCUGCUUUCAAUGAUAUGUGGGCAUUUGUGAAGUUGUCUCUUGCCUCUGCAGUCAUGCUUUGUCUUGAGGUUUGGUACAUGAUGGUCUUGGUUGUCCUCACCGGUCACCUCGGCGAUGCUGAGAUCAACGUCGGUUCCCUCUCCAUCUGUAUGAACAUUAAUGGUUGGGAAGGCGUGUUUUUCAUAGGAAUCAAUGCUGCUAUUAGUGUUCGGGUAUCGAAUGAGCUUGGAUCCGGUCACCCGAGAGCGGCUAAAUACUCCGUCAUCAUCGUCGUUCUUCAAUCACUUUUGAUUGGCAUUCUUUUCAUGGUCAUAAUCCUCGCGGCACGAGACUAUUUCGCUGUGAUCUUCACUAGUGAUAAAGAGUUACAGCGAGCUGUUGCUCAUAUUGCUUACCUUCUUGCAGUGACUAUGGUUCUCAACAGCAUUCAGCCUGUGAUUUCAGGUGUUGCAAUUGGAGGUGGAUGGCAAGCCUUGGUAGCAUACAUUAACUUGGGUUGUUAUUACAUAUUUGGACUUCCUUUAGGAUUUGUUUUGGGAUAUUGGGUCAAAUGGGGAGUUGAGGGAAUUUGGGCUGGUAUGUUAUGUGGAACAGCAUUGCAGACACUCAUAUUGCUUUAUAUCGUUUGGAGAACUAAUUGGGAAGAUGAGGCUGCUCAGGCUGCAAAGAGGGUGAGGUUGUGGGGUGGACAAGAGAUGCAAGUUUCUCAGGAUUCAGAGACAGUGAGGUUGUGGAAAGGAAAUGAAGAAACCUCAGUUUUGUAGAAUCUUAUUAGAUUUCACUGCAUUGUGGUGUUCCAUAAUAAAUAAAUAUAGAUCAAGUUUGUAGUUCAUUAUAUAUAUUUAUAUGAGUAAUGCUAUAUUUGACGAAU